AUGGAUAUAGAUUUGGAUAUUCAAAUGAAAGAUGCUGUCGAACCUGAUUUGGAGGACCAGCAAUCUUCGUCAUCGUCGGAGAGUUUUGACUUUCCUAUCAAUAAUGUAAAUUACUCCAGCAAACCAGUGGAAUUAACAUCUUCUAAUAUCAACCAGUUGGACAGCUGGAUAGAACAACUUACCGAUUGCAAACCUUUGAGCGAAGAAUCUGUUAAAAAGUUGUGUAGCAUGGCCAUAGAUGUGCUGAAGUUUGAGGAGAACGUACAACCAGUCAAUGUCCCAGUGACAAUUUGUGGUGAUGUUCAUGGACAAUUCCACGAUCUAAUGGAAUUGUUCAAGAUUGGAGGACCAUGUCCAGACACCAACUAUUUGUUCAUGGGGGACUAUGUUGAUAGAGGUUAUUACUCUGUGGAAACUGUAUCAUAUCUUGUCGCUAUGAAAAUCAGGUAUCCGAAGAGAAUCACUAUUUUGAGAGGUAACCAUGAAUCUAGACAGAUCACACAAGUUUAUGGUUUCUACGACGAAUGCUUUAGAAAGUACGGAUCAGCCACCGUAUGGAAGUUGUUUACAGACCUCUUUGAUUACUUUCCAAUUACAGCACUCGUUGAUAAUAAGAUAUUCUGUUUGCACGGUGGAUUGUCACCAAUGAUUGAGACUAUUGAUCAAGUAAGAGAGCUGAAGAGAGUCCAAGAGGUUCCACAUGAAGGUCCUAUGUGUGAUCUGUUAUGGUCAGAUCCGGAUGACAGAGGUGGAUGGGGUAUAUCACCAAGAGGUGCUGGUUUUACCUUUGGUCAGGAUAUCAGUGAGCAAUUCAACCAUACUAAUGACUUAGACCUUAUUGCAAGAGCCCAUCAAUUGGUGAUGGAAGGCUAUUCGUGGUCUCACCAAGAUCUUGUGGUAACAAUUUUCAGUGCACCAAACUACUGUUACCGAUGUGGUAACCAGGCUGCCAUUAUGGAAGUCGAUGAGAGACACAAUAGAGAAUUCCUACAGUAUGAUCCAAGCAUUAGACCAGGAGAGCCAACUGUCACGAGAAAGACUCCUGACUACUUUUUAUAG